UAAAGGUCACCUUGAAACGUCAAAGUGUGUCACCUUGGUGUUGCUGAGCGGACAUACAAAAAGAGAAUUUAACUUUUUUACUCUGUCAAAAUUUCGCGAAUUUUGGAUAAUUUUUCAUAAUUGCUGUGUUGAGUGAAUCAAAGUGAAGAAGUUCGAGUACGCGCUAAAAGACAUACACCAGCGUACGUGCUUCCACAUCUAUACACAUCACUACAACCGAGCGGUUGAUAGAGCGGUGGAUGCAAACGGUGCUAAAGAGUACUAAUAGUAGUGGACCAUUCUCAAACCUCGACUCAUACGCAAUUUUCAAGUGAAAUAAAUAGACCGUUGAAAUUGAAAGACGAUUUAAAAUACUCAAAGUGAAACGCUCUUUAUAAUAGUAUUGUGUGUGUGAAGUUAUCGAAUAAAUUUCUUUCAUUGUUUAUUGGAUUACGCUUGCCGCAAAGUAAAAAUCGCAAAAAUGCCAAACGAACUAAGACAACGAUUCAUUGAGCGUGGCUCCCAUAAGGGUAAGGGCCUUGCUGUCUUUACUAGUGGUGGCGACUCGCAGGGCAUGAAUGCUGCAGUGCGUGCUUGCGUACGCAUGGCCAUCUACUUAGGAUGCAAGGCCUACUUCAUUCGAGAAGGCUACCAGGGCAUGGUUGAUGGUGGUGAUAACAUCGUCGAAGCCAAUUGGGCAUCGGUUUCAUCGAUCAUCCAUCGUGGUGGUACAGUAAUUGGCUCGGCACGUUGUGCUGAAUUUCGCGAACGUGCCGGUCGCCUUAAGGCUGCAUACAAUUUGAUUCAAAAAGGUAUCUCCAACCUGGUGGUGAUCGGUGGUGAUGGGUCACUUACUGGUGCAAAUUGCUUCCGUACUGAAUGGUCUGGUUUGUUGGAUGAGUUGCUGGAGGCAAAGAAAAUCACACCAGAGCAACGUAAAAAGUUCGAUGUAUUGCAUAUUGUGGGCAUGGUGGGCUCCAUUGAUAAUGACUUUUGCGGCACUGACAUGACCAUCGGUACCGAUUCGGCUUUGCAUCGUAUCAUUGAAGCUAUCGAUGCUAUUGUGAGUACUGCCUAUUCUCAUCAACGUACUUUCAUAAUGGAGGUGAUGGGUCGUCAUUGUGGCUAUUUGGCACUUGUAGCCGGUCUUUCCAGCGAGGCUGAUUAUAUUUUCAUACCUGAAAAUCCCCCAAGAGCAGAUUGGCCCGAUAGAUUAUGUCAGCAAUUGUCGCAGGAGCGUAAUGCUGGCCAACGCUUGAAUAUUAUUAUCGUUGCUGAGGGUGCCAUCGAUCGUGAGGGCAACCCCAUCACCGCCGAGGAUGUGAAAAAGGUGGUCGUUGACAAGCUGCAGCAGGACACUCGCAUUACUGUGCUUGGUCACGUGCAGCGCGGAGGAAACCCCAGCGCUUUUGACCGUGUUUUGGGUUGUCGUAUGGGCGCUGAAGCUACGCUGGCACUUAUGGAAGCCACGCCCGAUUCGGUGCCGUGUGUUGUCUCAUUGGAUGGCAAUCAAGCAGUGCGCGUGCCGCUGAUGGAGUGCGUUGAACGUACUAAGGAAGUCGCCCAAGCGAUGGCGGAGAAGAAUUGGGAAUUGGCUGUGAAAUUGCGUGGACGCUCUUUCGAACGCAAUUUGGAAACGUACAAGAUGUUGACGCGUCUAAAGCCCCCAAAGGUCGAGAACGCAAAGGAGGGUUAUCGCAUGGCUGUUAUGCACAUUGGUGCACCCGCAUGUGGCAUGAACGCUGCCGUGCGUAGUUUUGUGCGUAACUGCAUUUACCGUGGUGACACUGUAUUUGGCGUACAUGACGGCAUUGAGGGUCUUAUUGCCGGCAAUAUCAAAGAAAUGGGCUGGUCCGACGUAACCGGUUGGGUUGGCCAAGGUGGUGCUUUCCUCGGCACCAAGCGCACACUACCGGAGGGCAAAUUUAAGGAGAUCGCCGCUCGUCUCAAGGAAUUCAAAAUCCAAGGUUUGCUUGUUAUUGGUGGUUUUGAGGCCUACCAUGCAUGUGGCCAGAUUUCCGAUCAACGUCCCAACUAUCCUGAAUUUUGUAUCCCAAUGGUGGUUGUACCAUCGACUAUCUCGAACAAUGUUCCUGGUACUGAAUUCUCGCUCGGUUGCGAUACUGGUCUAAAUGAGAUUACUGAGAUUUGUGAUCGCAUACGCCAGUCGGCACAAGGCACAAAACGCCGUGUCUUUGUGAUUGAGACAAUGGGUGGUUAUUGUGGCUACUUGGCCACUUUGGCCGGUUUAGCUGGUGGCGCUGAUGCUGCAUACAUUUAUGAAGAGAAAUUCUCCAUUAAAGAUUUGCAACAAGAUGUCUAUCAUAUGGCUUCGAAAAUGGCUGAAGGAGUACAGCGUGGUUUGAUUUUGCGCAAUGAAAAGGCCUCUGAAAACUAUAAUACUGAUUUUAUACACCGCCUUUACUCAGAAGAAGGCAAGGGACUAUUCUCAUGUCGUAUGAAUAUUUUGGGUCAUAUGCAACAGGGUGGUUCACCUACACCUUUCGACCGUAAUAUGGGCACUAAGAUGGCUGCCAAGUGCGUUGAAUGGCUGAAUGCGCAAAUCAAGAACAAUACUAAACCGGAUGGCACUGUACGCUGUGAAAGCACCGAUUCAGCUUGUCUGCUCGGUAUUGUACGCCGUCAGUACCGUUUCACACCUUUGGCGGAUUUGAUCGGUGAAACUAACUUUGAGCAACGCAUCCCGAAGACACAGUGGUGGCUUAAAUUGCGACCACUCUUGAGAAUCCUAGCAAAACAUGACUCUGCCUAUGAGGAGGAGGGUAUGUACAUUACAGUCGAAGAGGAAUGUGCUACCGAUGCAGUAGCUUAAAUAUUGGCUACACUAGAAGUCCAGUAUUGUAGCAAGCGACCAACACGCACAAGCUACACGUAUCAAACGUACGCCAGUUGCAUUAAAGUAAAAGCUACCGAAUGCGCGAAAAUUGGAGUAACAUAUUCAUGAACAAAUAAACACAAAGUAAAUCUUAAACGCAUAUGAAUACAUUUUGUUGCUUUGCGGCAACCGCGAAGUGCUUCAUUUUUAUGAUUUAAAUUAUUAUUGCAUAUUAUCAUAACAUUCACAUAAAGUUUUUAAAUUUAUUGCAUAUACAUAUGCUCGCUCCGUACUGUGAAAAAAGUAUACUUGAAAGUUGUUAACAUAUACUCAGGUGCAGGCACACUAAAAUUAAAUAUUGAACAAACCAAAAUUUAAUUGUCGCGCAAACUUGAAAAAAAAAACAUUUAGUUCUACAUCACGUUUAUAGGCUCUUGCUUUAGUAGAGUUUUAUGUAUUUCUUUUGUUUUCUAUUUAUUUGUAAAUUUAGCCUCAUACCAUUGUGGGUCAUUGUAUUAUUAUUAUUAUAAUUAUUAUUAUUAUUUUUCUUGAUUAAGUUUGCUGUCACGUUGAAAGCGAAAUAACUGAUAUUAAAUUGUGCUCGUAGUUGCAUUAGCAAAAAGUUGUAGCGAAAUUAACACAAUAUACAAGGUUGUGCCUAACGGAAGAUUUAUAAUUUUUGCAAAAUCGUAUUUGACACUUGUGAAUUAGACAGCUGCAGUAUAGAGACAGGCAAGUAAUGGAGCGCGUAAAGGUCAAAAUAGAGAUUUUCAUCACUCAAAAUCAUUUUUUUAUUUAAUAAUGUCCUUAAAAACAAAAUGGGAUGAUUAAUUUUGCGCCACCUUGUAUAUACAUAUAAAAAUGUAGUAUGUUGAGCUUUCAUUUGAGCCUCGCGCUAAAACGAGUUGUAUAAUCUAGCUUUGAAGUGCAAGAAAGUGUAAAUGUAAACGUUCGUGCAUGCAUUGCUUCUAUGUACAAUAUACACACAUACAUACAUAUUAAAUUAUUAAAAUUUAAUAGCAAUUUGUUUGUUAUCAUUGAUAUGAACGUCUUGUGCAGACUUUAAAAAAGGAUUUUGAGGCGCGCAUACCCACCGCUGCAACUAAAUAUGGCACAACUUAUCCGAUUAUGCCCAACUAUACAUACAUAUUUACCAAUAUACACACAUGAGUGUGCUCACAUACCUGCAAUAGUGAAUUAUUUAAGUGUCAGUUUUAGUGGUAGACAUCAACUCAAAAAUAAGCAUAAAACUUUAAUUUAUGUACAUCUACAUACAUACAUCUAAGAAAUAUUUAAACAAAAUCGAAUUAAACAAAUCGAAGUAACAACUACCAACACUGUCAGUAAAGCAAAACUAUACGAAAAUAAUAAAACACAUCAGACCCAA